GACUAAAUUUUAAAAAUAAAUAUAACUUUUUGAUAGAUUCAAUAUUAAUUUGUGGACUAUAAAUACCGUAAUCAAUACUCUAUUAAAUUAUUUAAAUUCUCCAAUACAAUAAUUCUUCUAUAAAACUCUUAUUUCCGGCAGUUAUAGUUAAUUCUUGAUUUUUUUAAACUUAAUAAUUCAAAUAAGAGUAAAACAGUAAAACGUACUUUUGCCCUUGCGAUUUGGAUCAAUUUUUAGUCUAUAUAUCAGUAUUUCCUCUUAAUUUUUAAAUAGCGAACUUUUCGUUUCGAGGAGAGAGAUUCUAAAUUGAAUAAAUUUUAUCAGUUUUACUUUUUCAACAGAGAGGUUUGUGUGGCAGAUAAGAACGUUAUUCCGUAGCUGUUUCUGGCAAGCGUUGUGCAGAGGUGUGAGUAAUUGUAAACCCUGUACGGCCUUGUUUGGAGCAUUUUUCGCGCUUGUCCUGGGGGUGGACGGGAUACGCCCGAAGUGCACACGGAAUAUUUAGAACGAGCCACUUAGUUUUUUCUGCCUUGAAGCGAAACGUGAACUAAUCUUUUCUCUCAUUUCUUUAAUUAAUAAAUACUUGCAAUUAAUAAAUUUUGAAUAAUUAAUAAACCUUAAAUUUCAAACUUUUAUUUUCUCAAUUCUUUUUUAUAACUUUCCGACUUUCUUCUAAUCAGUUCAGACACAGGAAUUGGCUCGAGUGGCUUAUCUCUGUUCGUUUUGUUUUGACCUUCUGCAUCCGAGGGCGGCUUAUCAAACUUUGAUAGAUUCCGAUCUCUAGAUAAUUAAUUGUUGUGAGAAACUAUUUUGACGGAAAAUACGAAAAUUAAUACUUUUGAUUUGAUAUUGCUCAUAUUAUUUUGUUGUUACCGUACCCUUCAUAUUGAUUGAUGCCGGAUUAAUAAAUUGUUGGUAAAUGGGUUUUGUUGGUGUCUCACUUAUUUGUAUUUGAUUGCAUUUGCCUUCUUCCUUAAAUAAUUAUUAAGAAUAUACUAAUCUAGUGUUGUAGGCUAAUCUCUGUGUGAAUCUCCUUUGUCUCAUUAAUUCAUUUUGUAAUAUAAAUACACAUAUAUUUUUUGGCACAUUUAUUUCAAUAUAAACUUGGAUAUAUAUGAGGUAUUAAAUUGUGUGACCUGUCCAAAGAAUGGAUACCCCCGGCAAAGAAAUUAAAUUUCCCUCUUUCAAAUUUGUCGACGGGAAAGGUGGUAGUCAGUACUUGAUAGUGAAUGGUUUUAAAUUUAGAGAAAUAAGACAACUGAGAUUGAGUGGAUUGUUUUCCUUUCGAUGCACUGUUUGUUCAAGCUCUCUCAAGAUGGAUCCAACCAAAACACAGAUAGUGGAGUUGAAGGAGAAUCAUAAUCACUCUGUUCAUCAGAAUGUCGCAACUCCCAACAAAAUCCCCUUAGAUAUGAAUUCCACACUUGAUACAAAUGAUAGUUUAAUUGAAAUAGACGGUUCUACUGUAAGGGAUGAGAAUAGUUUAGCAGUAGACCCACCCACUGAGAUCAUUAAUAGUGGUAAUUGCAAUGUAGACACCGAGGAGCUGAGUGAUGUGAAUAGGACUGAUAAGGUUUUAAGGAAUAACUCUAAUGAAUUGAAACAAUUAAUGGAAUUCAAAAUUACGGCUACCGAGUUGCUAGCUAAGAUGAAAAUCACUAUUGAGGUAUUAGAGGCUGACAAUAAGGUCAUUAGAAACGAAAAUCUAGUUUUACAAUCUAAAUUGAAUGAGUAUGUAAAUUUCUAUUCUCCUGGUCAUGUUGAACAUGAGAAUAUGGAUCUGGCUAACGAUAGUAGUAGUUUUAUUCAUGUAAAUUCUUUUCAAGCGCUUGAUGAAUCAGCUGACACUCACUUGAUCGAAACUAAAAACCUCAAGUCACCAAAUAAUCGAAAUUCUAAUAAGUACUCUCGUGCCCAAAAUAGAAUAAAAAAACAAACUAGAAUUCCUGAAAAUAAUUCAAUCACAAUGAAGAAGAUUGACCACAAAAUUACAAAAUCGAAGAAAUUGACAAAUAAAAAAAGACUGUUGAUAAUGGCUGAUAGUCAUGGUAGGGAUCUUGGUUGGGAUCUGAAUAAUGACUUAGGUGAAUAUGGUUAUGAGGUGUCUGUGAUCGCAAGACCGGGUGCUAAUUUCAAUACAGUGACACGUGAUAUUGCUAACUUCACGAAAGAUUUUGAUUUCAAUGACAGGGUGGUUGUACUUGCUGGAGCCAAUGAUGUAAUUAAUAGUACUAAUCAACCGACUGAAGUUGACUUGCAGCCUAUUGUAGAAAUCUCGAAAUAUACAAAGGUGUCUAUAUCAACAGUGCCUUAUAGAUACGAUAAGCCUCUUAUGAACGUUAAUGUGAAGAAAUUGAACUCAUGGCUAUCUGAACAGAUUUCUAAUGCUGACUGUUUGGAUCUAUUGGACCUUGCGCACUUCGAAAUAGAUGAUUACACACGACAUGGCCUUCAUUUGAAUAAGGGCUGAAGCUCAACAGCUGGCAGAAAUAUUUCAAUUACUACAAAAUCAAGAAGACAAAUUUAAUGUCAGUUCCAUGGAAGAGCUUGAAGAUCAGAUGAAACUCUAUCGUCCUUGAUUCACACACUUCAUUACUUGAUCCACUACUUGAACCACGUGAAAAACCUGCACCGUAAUAGAAAAUUUGUAUAUAAUUUGUCCAGUUUGAAAACAACCAAUCUACUUAAUGAAUAAAUUUGGAAUUGAUCAAGAA